AUUAGGAAAAACACAGUAGGCUGUAAUUAGGGGUAGGCCGUUGUUGCGGGCUUUGUAUUCGUCGUUGCAAACUUGCAACUCUCGAGUCUUGAGUUUUGGUGUGUAAAAUACAGAGAGAUAUAGAGGACGAUGAGCGGGCGCGACAGUAACGAAGAAAAGGGUUUACUGUGGAAGCUACCGGCGGUAAAUUCCAAGAAUCUCGGGAAACUCGGUCCUGCUUUCGGCAUCGGCGUCGGCUGUGGCGUUGGUUUCGGCGUCGGUCUCAUGGGCGGCACAGGUUUUGGUGCUGGAUUCCCGGGUCUACAGCUUGGUUUUGGACUUGGUGCUGGAUGUGGGAUUGGGGUAGGCUUUGGCUAUGGUGUUGGAAGGGGUGUUGCUCAUGAUGAAUAUCGGAAAUACACUAAUGUGGGGAAGAUAUUUCAUAGGCCUGGACAUCUCCCUAUCCAGGAUGAGAUCGGGACCCUUGUGGAUGAUCUUGUUGUAAAUACGAAGAAGCUGAUCAGAGCAACCUCCAAAGAGGUGGACAAAUGGAGAAGACUUUGAUACAGUUUGCUAGAUUCCUGUGAUAUUAACACUUUCAGCGUCCCCGUAUCUAUCUCCGGCAAGUCCAGUGAAAUAUAUACAAGAAUGAAGACAGUUAUCGUUUACAAUAUGAUUAUAUUAUCUGCAGACACCAAGCUUUGCACAACCUCAGCAAAUGUACCUAGUCAUUCAUAUACUUGAAGACUGAAGUUAUGCUCUCUUACAGUAUUUUGCUCAACUUCGUUGUUUAGAGUAAAGUCCUAGGAGUGCAAUUCAAUUCAACAGAGGAGGAUAACCUUUGAUGCUAGUUUCUUA